AUGUUAAACAAUUUAAUAACUAUAAUAGCAGAAUGCUAAAUCAACUCAGAAUAGAUUAAACAACUGUUCGUUGAUCCUCAUUUGGCAUUCCAAAUGUUAUCCUCCAAUGGGCAUGAUAUCGAUCAAUCCGAGAUCAAGCGAUUCAUAUCUCUGAAUGACGAGGAAAUCAAACAUCAAAUCAUUUAAUUCAAUUCAAAUUCUGAAGCAAAUUUAAAUAUGUUGAGUAUCCUUAAUUUUACUAAGCAGUUUCUUAAUUUUUUGAAGCUGAAUAACAACCACAUGUCAGAGAAGUCCUUAUCAAACUCUUGCAAUAGGAGGCUAUUAAUUUUAAGCAAAUUCUUUGUGUUUUCCAUAGAAUAUAGUAAAAUUUAAAUACUCAAAGAAGACAGCAGUUACAAUCCCACUGAAUUAUUUAAUUAGAUUGAUUAGUUUGGCAAAGGCUACAUACACACAGAACAUUAAAAAAAUGCACAAAUUUAUCUAACUACUACAUCUCAGCUUUCUUUAGAUUUCUUGACAGAGAUAAUGAUGGGAGAAUUUCAGAAACCGAUUUUUUAUCAGUCUUAAAAUCCUCACGGAAAUAACCAUUUGGAGUAUAAUACAAAGAUUUGA